UUUAAAAAGGAACUAAUGGCCACUCGUUCCCAUUCAUCACAUAUGCUCGAGCGAGACCAAAAGAAGAAGAACAUAGAGAAACUUUUCGAGGAGAAUCAGAAGGUGACGAACGGCGACCAAGCUCUUAGAGAGAAGAUGACGACGGGUGCAACGAUGGAGAUUGAGGAAGUGACGGGCGGCCGCCAAGCGUUGCCUCUCCUCUCGCUGAACCACGUCUCGUUGAUGUGCCGAUCCGUGUGGGACUCGGCGAGGUUCUACGAGGACAUUCUGGGCUUCGUCCUCAUCAAGCGCCCUUCUUCUUUCGACUUCAAUGGAGCUUGGUUAUACAACUAUGGAAUAGGGAUACACUUGAUUGAGAACCCAUCAGUUGAGGAAAACGACGCCAUCGAUGAGCCACGUCCGAUCAACCCCAAGGACAACCACAUGUCUUUCCAAUGCACGGACGUGGGGCUAGUGAAGAGGAGACUAGAGGAGAUGGGGGUGAGGUACGUGACCGGGGUGGUGGAGGAAGCCGGGGUGAAGGUGGACCAAGUCUUCUUCCACGACCCCGACGGGUACAUGGUCGAGAUCUGCAACUGCGACAACAUCCCGAUCCUCCCCAUCUCCUCCUGCCCGUUCAAGCCCAAGCUCGGGAGCUUCGGCAAAGCGCCCACGAACAGCUGCGGGUUCAUGGAGACCAUGAUGAUGGAGAGCCUCAGCAUGGACAUCAUGAACUUCUCCUUUUGAGAGCUCAAGUUCCAACAAAGGAAAAGACCAGUGGUGACUGAAGGAAGAAGCAGCAGCAAAUACAACAUGCUUUAAUUUUGAUAGUUUGCUCGAAAUUUAAGUACUUUGUCAAGUUGUUUUCCAAGGUUUGUAAUACCAAAGGACCUAAAGACUCAUGAGUGUCAUAAAUUGGUUGUUGAAGGGCUUAAGGGUGAUUAAUUAUCACAUGUUCCUCUUCUAC